AUGAGGGAAGAGGAGGAGUCGGAUUUCUUGGACUGGUUUGACAGGUUCUCGUACUACUACAAGGUCUGGAGUGUAUCUGCGAAACAAACACAAUAUAAGUUAGUUUUGUUGCAACUCGUAACUCCUGGAAUGCGAUCCAGGGAAAUAUGUCGCGAAAAGUCUAUUUGGUACCUUGAAACUUCAGGAACGUCUGUUCAAGUUCCAGAUUUCGAUUCCCUCAGCGAUCUGUUGAAUGCGGACCGCUCAGCUCUUGCCGAAUUUGUAGCGAACCUGAGGGAUACUCUGUCCUUCACUAAUUUUCCAUUAUAUGGCCAGCCAGCAGUUAACUGGUUAGGCCCCGGGUCUCAAUCAUCUCUUCUUGACAACGAGAUCAGCCCAUCCUCGAGGGAGCAGUCGAAGUAUGCAUGGCUAAAAUUCAUGCUCGAGGCUCGAGAUUAUGAACUAGAAUUCGGAUGA